AUGGCCUCUUCACACUCCUUCUACAGUCUUCCUCAAGCAUCCUACCCAAUCAACAUGCCACAAAAGCCCGGAUUUUUCUUCCCGGCUCAACAACAUGGUUAUGGACGCGUGUCAGGAUCACCACCCGAGGCUGCAAACAGCGUUACGACAUCUGGUGUACCGUCGUACGAGCCGUCAUCCACCUCUAGCAACUAUGCUGGCAGUGCAAGCGAUUAUGAAUCCACUAGCGGCGCCGCCAGCGUGGAUCUCCUCGAUUAUAUGGGUCGUCGUGUGAACGGCUCCUUCGAUCCAAUGCCACUAGAUCGCAGUCUUGCAAAGCAAGCACAAACGUCCGGUGAACUGAAUGCUAAGCAGCGCGAGCUUUCUGAGCUACAAGCACUGGCUCAACGCAGAUUGGCUGGUGCUCGCAUGAGCUUUGCAGACGGAAUGAAGGCUGCGAAGGAUGUACAGAAAGAUUUGCAGUGGACUCAGAAGCGAGUCGACUCACUGAACAACCGAGCAGCACGCAAGUACCCAGAGCAGUUCCGCACCGCACAAAGCCGGUAUCCGGCACCAGUCGACUUCUAA